AUGAUCGUGCUACUUGGACGAUUCUAUUGCCCUGAAGAGAGCGAUUGUCCGACUGGCCUUGGUUUUUUGGAUUUCUGUCGAGACUAUUAUACCCGUCUGUGGAUUACAUACAGAACAGGAAUGCCGCCUUUGCUCGGAUCUCAAGUUACAAGCGACUGUGGCUGGGGGUGCAUGAUUCGAACAACGCAGAUGGCUAUUGCGCAAGCAAUUAUAGUGAAUAGAAUGGGACGAGGCUGGCGUUAUUUUGGGCGAAAACAGUCAACGAGACGAAAAGAGCUCGCUUCUCAGCCAGGAUCAGACCAAUCUUAUGGGGAUCAGGUGGCAAUUUUGAAGUUAUUCGAGGACUGUCCGUCUGCAGCUCUCGGAAUUCAUCGUCUACUCCAGAUUUCGAAUGCCAGUGAAUCCACAGAGAGUUCGAUUGGACGGUGGUUUGCUCCUUGCGAAGUAAUCUCACUAGUGAAGAAAGCUUUAAAACUCUCUGCCUCUCCCUUGACAAGUGACCUUGCCUUACUGAUAGCAGUGGACGGGUUGGUCGUAGUGGGUGAAGCCGAGCGUGAAUGCCGUCACUGGUCGAAGCGCCUGUUGACGUUUAUUCCUCUCCGACUUGGCGCUAGUAGCGUGAAUCCAAAUCAAGUUGUGGACGUGGAUUUGGGUCCUGGUGAAGGAUCGAAACGCACCAAAGAUCCUCUGUUCACUGUACAGUACCAGGAGACGUCGAUGAGCGAUUCAUUACGUGAGACGACUAACGACGAGAAUGCAGAGGCUCUUGAAUCCAUGUUGAAUUGCUACUAA